GAUUAAGCUCUUUGGAGACAACUGGUCUAAGGAGCAAAUAAAAGAUUGGAAGACAAGCAAAGAGGUAAAAGCAGUAUAUGAUGAUCUAUAUUGCCCAAGUGAUCCAGAUGACCCAUCAUCAGACACAUAUGUUGCGUUGAUCAUCAAGUCUGCUUUUGCAUCUGAUAAGAAACUAAUGCAAGAAAAUGCUGUUUGGAUUCAAUCAGUGCUCGAAACAAUUUUUGAUGUUGAAUAUCUCUCGAUGAAAAUUGAUACUGAAGAUGAUGAGGAUGAGCAGUACGAGGAGGAAAAAGAAGUACAGGAUAGCCUGCAACAUAGUGAAUAUACUUCCACUGAUAAAGAGUUAUACGAUCUUUAUCAAAGCCUAGAAAAUGAUGUGAAUUUUAUAGAUUAA